GUUCGUGCCCGUGAUGUCUGCGGUGUCUGCUGAGCUUGCCUAGCAGCUGCUUGGCGGGAUCUCCUGGCAGGAUGGGUAAAAAGAUAAAGAAGGAAGUAGAGCCUCCUCCUAAGGAUGUGUUUGAUCCGUUAAUAAUUGAAAGCAAGAAAGCAGCAACUGUGGUGUUAAUGCUUCAUUCUCCAGAAGAGGACAUUUUGGCUAAAGCAUGUGAAGCCAUUUAUAAAUUUGCUUUAAAAGGUGAGGAAAAUAAAACAACCCUUCUUGAACUUGGAGCUGUGGAACCUUUAACUAAACUGCUCACCCAUGAAGACAAAAUUGUAAGAAGAAAUGCUACUAUGAUAUUUGGAAUCCUGGCUUCUAAUAAUGAUGUUAAAAAAUUGUUAAGGGAGUUAGACGUCAUGAAUUCUGUCAUUGCUCAGCUUGCUCCAGAAGAAGAAGUAGUUAUCCAUGAGUUUGCUAGUCUUUGUCUAGCAAACAUGUCAGCAGAGUACACCGGGAAAGUGCAAAUAUUUGAACAUGGGGGAUUAGAGCCGCUCAUCAGACUACUGAGUAGCCCAGACCCAGAUGUAAAGAAGAAUUCCAUGGAAUGCAUUUACAACUUGGUGCAGGAUUUUCAGUGUCGAACUACACUUCAAGAACUAAAUGCAAUACCUCCUAUCUUAGAUCUCUUGAAGUCAGAAUAUCCAGUUAUUCAGUUGUUGGCUCUCAAAACCUUAGGUGUUAUUACAAAUGACAAAGAGUCUCGAACAAUGCUAAGAGACCAUCAAGGCUUGGACCAUCUUAUUAAGAUCCUAGAAACUAAGGAAUUGAUUGACCUUCAUAUAGAGGCACUUGCAGUGAUAGCCAACUGCCUCGAAGACAUGGAUACUAUAGUGCAGAUUCAGCAGACAGGGGGUCUUAAAAAACUCCUGUCAUUUGCAGAAAACUCUACAAUUCCUGAUAUUCAGAAGAAUGCAGCCAAAGCCAUUACUAAAGCAGCUUAUGAUCCUGAAAAUAGAAAACUUCUCCAUGAACAAGAGGUUGAAAAGUGCCUUGUGGCCCUUUUGGGUUCUGAAAAUGAUGGAACUAAAAUUGCCGCUUCCCAAGCUAUUUCAGCAAUGUGUGAGAAUUCAGGCAGCAAAGAUUUUUUCAAUAAUCAGGGUAUUCCACAGUUAAUUCAGUUGCUAAAAAGCGACAGCGAAGAGGUACGGGAAGCAGCAGCUCUCGCGCUGGCAAACCUAACCACGUGCAACCCCGCUAAUGCAAGCGCUGCUGCUGAAGCUGAUGGUAUUGAUCCAUUAAUAAACAUCCUGUCUAGUAAACGAGACGGAGCCAUUGCCAACGCUGCCACGGUAUUAACGAACAUGGCCAUGCAGGAGCCCCUGCGCCAGAACAUACAGAACCAUGGCAUCAUGCACGCCAUCAUCAGCCCGCUGCAUUCUGCAAACACAGUCGUGCAGAGCAAAGCUGCUCUCACUGUCGCCUCAACUGCAUGUGACGUUGAGGCCCGGACAGAGUUAAGAAAUUCUGGUGGAUUGGAGCCCCUGGUAGAGCUGCUGCACUCCAAGAACGAUGAAGUCAGGAAGCACGCCAGCUGGGCAGUGAUGGUCUGUGCUGGUGACGAGCUGACGGCCAAUGAAUUAUGCAGGCUCGGGGCUUUAGAUGUCCUUGAAGAAGUUAACCUAUCAGGAAGUCGGAAAAAUAAAUUCAGCGAGGCAGCUUAUAGUAAGUUGCUCAACAACAAUCUUUCCCUGAAAUACAGCCAGACCGGCUAUUUAUCGUCAAGUAACAUAAUUAACGACGGAUUCUAUGAUUAUGGUCGGAUAAAUCCCGGCACGAAACUGCUGCCUUUGAAGGAGCUCUGCUUACAGGAACCAAGUGACCUACGGGCUAUACUCUUAAUCAACAGUAAAUCUGAUGUUUCUCCACCUUCAUCUAUGGAAGAUAAAUCAGACACUGGUUAUGGGCGAAGCAUUUCUUCUUCAUCUUCCUUAAGAAGAUCAAGUAAAGACAAGAGCAAAAAAAAUAGUUAUCAUUUUAGUGCCGGAUUUGGGUCUCCCACAGAAGACAAAUCGGAGCCAGCUUCUGGACGAAACACUGUUCUCAGCAAAAGCGCCACCAAGGAAAAAGGAGGGAGGAAAGGCAGAGGAAAAAAGGAAGAGGAAAAAGUGAAAGAAGAGGAAGAGGUUAUGGCAGUUCCCAAAUUCGUUGGUGAAGGAAGCUCUGACAAAGAAUGGUGUCCUCCCGCUGACCCCGAUUUCUCUAUGUAUGUGUAUGAGGUGACCAAAUCAAUACUGCCCAUAACCAGUAUUAAGGAACAGAUUGAGGCUCUUGCAAAAUAUGUGGCAGAAAAAAUGGGUGGUAAGAUUCCAAAAGAGAAACUACCUGAUUUCAGCUGGGAACUUCACAUAAGUGAACUAAAAUUUCAACUUAAAUCCAAUGUUAUACCAAUUGGACACGUCAAAAAAGGAAUCUUCUACCAUCGAGCUUUGCUUUUCAAGGCUCUGGCAGAUAGAAUUGGCAUCGGUUGCUCCCUAGUUCGUGGAGAGUAUGGGAGAGCAUGGAAUGAAGUCAAGUUGCUGAACGAAUCUCAGAAGGGAGUGAUUGGGAGCCUCCCGCCUCCUGAGUUGUACGUGGUUGAUCUCAUGUUCCAUCCAGGUGGACUGAUGAAGUUGAGAAGUAGAGAGGCUGAUCUUUACAGAUUUCUUUAAACUAUCAGAUGAAAACAAGAGAGGCUCCAACAAGAAAUUCAUUGUGUACAUUCUCCAAGACGUUCACCAAAUUGAUUUUAUCUCUUUAAAUAAAA